UGCUGCUGCUGAAGGAGGGUGCUGCUGCUGGAGGAGGGUGCUGCUGCUGGAGGAGGGUGCUGCUGCUGGAGGGUGCUGCUGCUGAAGGAGGCUGGUGCUGGCAACGGCUGCAGGUGAUGACUGCUGAAAAAAGAGGAGGCUGGAGGCUGCUGACGGUGGACCAGGAAUGGAGAUGCCAAGUACAUCGAUGGCAACGAGUAAGGUGUUUGGCAGUGGCCUAGAUGUUAUGACUUUCGGUGCAGAGGUCUGUUGGGUCUUCUUUGCCUUCUUACUCUGACUCUUGCUGCCAAGAUACCCUUUAUGUUUAUCCUUCCUCUCAGCCCUGAUGCACUUUGAUGCAAUCCUUAACCUCAGCCUGAUGUAUGUUGAGAGGAUUUUUUUUCUUCAGGCAUGAGGGAAGGUUGCUGUCCAGCAACAUGGCUUCUUGUUCCAGCUGUGACACUGCAUUUGAGGACUCAUGAGGGAAUCGCUCGUCCUCACACGGAACAGCUGCUCCACGUUCUGAACAAGGGUGAAAACCUCAUCAGAUGGACGUUGCCUCAUUAGAUCCUCCACGUGAGCCCGGUCACAACUGGCCCUUGGCAGUCUGGUCCCUGGAGCACCUGACCCUGGCAAACUGGCCUCUUCAUAGCUGACCCCUGACUGACUGGCUCCUGGCACACUGAUCUCUGGUAAGGUGGCCUCUUGAUUGUCGGCCCCUGACAUACUGGCCCCUGGCAGUCUGCUGACAUCUGUCUCACUCUCUCUGUCUGUUAUGUCCCUUUCAUUCCCUUGGAACUCCACCUCAAUAUCUCCCUGAAUCUCUGUAACAAUAACAAGGCAAUCUUGCUGUUAUAUGUGUAUGCUGCCUUUACAUGUGCACCUAUUGUCAUUUAAGGGUACACUACACUCCUAUAGUGACAUUAAUCUAAGUUCGUCUAUUGGCAAUGUUAAAGUAUGAAGAAAUCUGUAGAUUAUCUACAUGUGGUAUAUGAGUCUUCAGAGAAUCCCUGAACCCUGGUAGUUUUGAAGCUGUAUAAUCUGAAGGUUGCAUUAGGAGUGUAGUCUAUCCUUGAAUUAUAUAACAUGGGAAACAUUGUUAGCUUCAUAUAUCAUACCAAUGUUUGAUGUGCCAUAAUAGGUGUGGUCAUCAUUCCUGACAUUAACAGCUGGAGGCAUACUCCUUGACGUGGAUUUCCUCCUUUUCGGCUUAGGCCGAUGUAAAUACUGGUGGAACAGCAUCUGGCCUCAACCUCAAAUUUCCUCCUGAUUUGUUGCCAAUAUAUUGGUCGUCUUCAAAGUACCUGUAGUAGACGAUGUUGAACUUAACUCUGCCAUGGUGAAAGUGGCCGCCUGUUGCUGGCGAGUCAUUGAAGUACUGCUGCAAUGCACGCCCAAUGACGGCACGCCCAAUGAGGGCACGAGAUACAUUUGUGCGUGCACGAGAUGGAAGGCUGACAGACAGGGCGGCAAUCCAAUCCGUUUAGCCGUUUACAACUAAACACGCCCACCUGCAAGACAAGCCAGCGGAAUUCUUUACAAGAAAAUGUGAUCUACUGAAUAAGUGCAAGUCAACGAUCCAAUCCAGCUGUACACCCAUAGCCAAUGCCCAGGAAGCCUCGUAUCAUGCCAGCCUCUGCAUUGCAAAAGCCGGUAAGCCACACACAAUUGGCGAAAAACUUUGUCUCCCACUCGCAAAAGAAAUGACAGAAAUCAUGUGUGGCGAGAAGGCUGCCAAACAGUUACAUUUGGUGUCACUUUCAAAUGACACUGUGUCACGGAGAAUAGUAGAGAUGGCAGACGAUGUUAAAAAUACAUUGAUUGAGCGCAUUAAAAGUAGUAGCUAUUAAUCCAUCCAGCUGGACGAGACUACUGAUGUUGCAGAUUUGGCCAAUUUGAUGGUUUAUGUCAGAUAUGAACAUGAUGGUGCAGCUCAGGAAGACUUUCUGUUCUGUCAACCACUGGAGACCAGAACAACAGCUGAGCACAUAUUCCAGCUCCUAGACGCGUUUGUGCAAGAGAAUGGACAUGAAUGGAAAAAGUGUGUUGGAGUCUGCACAGACGGCGCGAGGGCUAUGACUGGCCGCCACAGCGGAGUAGCAGCUCGGAUCAAAGAGGUCGCACCGGAGAUGCAAUGGGACACACUGCAGCAUCCACCGGGAGGCGCUGGCGGUGAAGAAGAUGCCCGAUGGCUUGAAGUCUGUGCUGGACUCUGCUGUGAAGAGUGUGAACUUCAUAAAGGCCCGACCGAUGCAGUCUCGCCUAUUCCAAGUGCUCUGUGAUGAGAUGGGCAGCGAGCAUGUCCAACUUCUGCUCCAUACAGAAGUAAGAUGGCUAUCAAGAGGGAAAGUGCUUUCAAGGCUUUUUGAAUUGCACAGAGAAGUCCAAGUCUUCUUACAGGACAAAAACUUCCCCUCAUCAGAUAUGUUUGAUGAUACAGUGUGGCUCAGCCAGUUGGCAUACUUGUCAGACAUUUUCUCCCGUUUAAACGACCUGAAUUUGGGACUACAGGGACUCUCCAUCAAUGUGUUUGAUGUGCAGGACAAAAUCAACACAAUGCUGAAAAAGUUGGAGUUAUUCGAAAUCAAAGUCAAGGCAGUUGAUGUUUCAGCUUUCCCUGCUUUAGAGAGUUUUCUGUCUGAGAACGAGCUGACCCUUGAUGAAGGAGUGAGGGACAACAUGGUUGCACACCUUGUCUCGCUCAGACAACAGUUCCGCCAGUAUUUCCCAGUGAUGACCGAAGACAACAGCUGGAUGAGAAGCCCGUUCAGCAUGGAAGCCUCUGGACUGCCAAGUAACUUAACUGUGGCUGAGCAGGAGAGUUUAAUACAGUUGUCUUGUGAUGAAACACUAAAGCCCGCUUUCAGAAAGCAGUCUUUAGUGGACUUUUGGAUAAAGCAACACAGAGAAUACCCCGCCCUGUCUGACAAAGCUGUGCGCUUUCUCCUUCCUUUUGCGACCACAUAUCUGUGCGAGAAAGGCUUCUCUUCCCUUGCUGUUAUUAAAACCAAAUACAGAAGCAGGCUGAAUGCUGAGCCAGACCUGAGACCGAAGCUCACCUCGAUUGCCCCAGACAUCAAAGGACUGUGUUCACGGAGACAGGCGCAACCUUCUCAUUAGAUUUAGGUGACUUGUCAAUGGACACCAACGUGUGGCAGAGAGUGAGAGUGUGUGUAUGAAUGAAGUACUGUACAGUUGUCAUUUGGUUCUGUUCUCACUGUGUGUGUGUGUGUGUGUGUGUGUGUGUGUGUGUGUGUGUGUGUGUGUGUGUGUGUGUGUGUGUGUGUGUGUGUGUGUGUGUGUGUGUGUGUGUGUGUGUGUGUGUGGCAGAUGUGUAUGUGUGUGGCAGAUGUGUGUGUGUGUGUGUGUGUGUGUGUGGCAGAUGUGUAUGUGUGGCCUCAAAUAUUUCAAAAUGAAAAACUAAAAAUACUACUCGGGGAAUAUAACGAGAGCUGCAUUGUUGCAGGACAGUUUGUCUCUGCCUGCCACAGUUUGAGAGAAUCAAACUGAGCUGACACCAAAUUCUAAGCAGUUUGUUUAUAACUGUUUAUGUGUUUAUUUGUGUGUAUUUGUGUAUAGAUGUUGCAACUUAGAGCUUUGGCAAUAUAUGUCACUAUGGCCAUGCUAUUAAAGCUAUUGCAUUUAAUUGAGUGUGUGUGUAUGUAUGAUUGAAGUACUGUACAGUUGUCAUUUGUUGUGUGAGAAUAAGUUAUUAUUUUGUUCUUUAUGUUCUCACUUGUGGUGAGUGAGUGAGGGGGAGAGAGACUGCCCUUUGUACAAGUAGCUAUUGCUGACAAUAAAUAAUGUUAUUAUGAAUACAUUUGCCUCCGAGUCCUGCAUGAACUGUACAUAGACUGUAUUUUAACAUUGGUCAUAUGGUGGUACUUGGAGAGCCAACUAUUUUCUCAGGUGGUACUUGGUGUAAAAAGGUUGAGAACCACUGGAUUAGAGCAUCCAAAUGCUGCACAUCCAACCAUGGUAUGACAACUGAUCUCUUAAAAUGCAAUAUAAACGAAAGUGCCAUAAUAUUUGUUGUGCAAACAUUUUAACAUGAAUAUUGCUAUGUCCUCUGUUCAGUCUGCUCCCAACUGUAUUCUCUCCCCUUAUUCACCACUGUUCCUAUUCUUG